AUAAACCCUAGGCAGGCCAGCUGGCAUUAAACCCUAAAGGUUAUUUUGUCGCUUCUAUCUCCGCCGGUAAAACUCCGUCGUACUCCUCGAUUGAAGGAAGUUAUGUAUUCGAUUACGAAGAUCCUGCGAAGGAGUUCAAGAUUCAAUCUUGCGCCUUCUUCGUUUGGUGCUGUGAGUAAGCUAGAGAUACCAACUGGUACCAAAGAAAGUGCUUUCAGAGCAUCUGGAUUGAAUUUUAGCAACCAAUCACAAGGUUUAGUCAGACGCUAUUCCGUUAGAGAUGUGUUCUCACGCUUCAUUGGCAUCAACAAGCUCUCCUCUGUAGCUGAUGUUAAAGGAGAUGAGGAAGAGAAGGAGGCCUUUCCUGUUUCUAGGGAUGUAGCAGAGGGAGUUGAAGAUGAUUCUGUAUUCGAUUCUGAGCUUGGUAGUGACUCAGAAGCGUGUGAUGAUGGUCUUGAAGUUGAAAUUGAGCAUUCAAACAAGGGAAAAGCUAAAAAGACCAGAGGACGAUGUGAGUUGUAUGACUCCAUUGUUGCGUAUAAAUCAGUGAAGCAUGUUCUUGAACAGUGGGUUAAAGAAGGCAAAGAUUUGAGUCAAGCAGAGGUUUCUCUUGCUGUUCACAACCUGCGUAAACGCAGAUCCUACGCUAUGUGUUUGCAGCUGUGGGAGUGGCUGCGAGCUAACACACAGUUCGAGUUCACAGAAGCAAACUAUGCCUCUCAGUUGGAUUUGGUGGCCAAGGUGCAUAGUUUGCAAAAAGCUGAAGCCUUUCUGAAUGAUAUUCCAGAAUCUUCCAGAGGGGAAGUAGUCUACAGAACGCUGCUUGCAAACUGUGUCCUUAAGCUCCACGUGAAAAGAGCUGAAGACCUUUUCAACAAAAUGAGAGAACUCAAGUUCCCAACGAGCGUGUUCGCUUGCAACCAGCUGCUUCUCCUCUACAGCAAGCACGACAGGAAGAAGAUACCUGACGUUUUGUUACUCAUGGAGAAAGAAAACAUCAAGCCCACUCGCGGAACCUAUCAGUUCCUAAUCAACAGUAAAGGUUUAUCCGGGGACAUAGCUGGAAUGGACAAGCUAGUGGAGACGAUGAAGGAGGAAGGCAUUAAGCUAGAUCCUGAGAUACAAGCUGCAGUGGCUAGGUACUACAUAAGAGCGGGGCGUAAAGAGCGAGCAGAGGAAGUUAUGAAGGAGAUUGAAGGGGAAGGACUGGACCAAGCUCCAUGGGUGUGCCGUUCGUUGCUCCCUCUUUACGCAGAGAUAGGAGACAAGGAGAACGUGAGAAGGCUGAGUAGGUUCGUUGAACAAGCGUUGAGGUAUGAUAAUAGUAUCGCUGCUAUCAAAGCGUGGGGAAAGCUGAAGGAGAUCGAGGAAGCAGAGGCGGUGUUUGAUAAACUCGUGGAGAAGUACAAACUCGUCCCCAUGCUGCCGUACUUUUCUCUCAUGGAGAUAUACACUGAGAACAAGAUGCUGACGAAAGGCAAAAACCUUGUCAAAAGAAUAGCGAGUGCAGGGGUCAAGAUCGGCCCGUCGACGUGGCACGCGCUUGUGAAGCUCUACAUCAAAGCAGGGGAAGUUGGAAAAGGUGAGAUGAUAUUGAACAAAGCGACGAAGGAUAACAAGAUGAGACCGUUGUUUAUUUCUUACAUGGUGAUACUCGAGGAGUACGCGAAGAGAGGGGAUGUUCAUAACGCGGAGAAGGUUUUCAUGAGGAUGAAGAGGGCAGGGUAUGCAGCACAGCUAAUGCAGUAUGAGACUGUGCUUUUGGCUUAUGUGAAUGCUAAAACGCCUGCUUAUGGGAUGAGUGAGAGGAUGAAGGUGGAUAAUGUGUUCCCGAACAAGAGUCUUGCUGCGAAGCUUGCUCAUGUUGAUCCAUUCAGAAAGAAUCCAGUGUCUGUUUUACUUGACGAGUGACCAUUGUUUAGUUGUCCUAAGUGUUUUUAUUGUAAUUCUUCUGCUAAGCUUAGAGGAUAAGAAACUUGAGGAUUCGUUUUCAUUCAAAUCAAAAAUUUCUUAUCAA